UAUCCAUUCAACACUUGUCAUUAAACUAUUAAAACAUUGCUUCAAUAUACCAUUUAGGCAAAAAUGGCAUGGUUUUAAAUCCGGCAACUGCAGAGUUCAUAAUCUUUGACGUAUCACUUAUAUUUUUUAUUUAUGUUGAUAUGUAGAUCCAAGAUAUUUUCCGCAAAACCUCUGGUGACAUUUCUUCUAUGAGAUAUCCUUACUCUCUUCAGGAUGAUGCGAUAUGAAGGUGAAAAUGCUCACCUAGUUGAUCAAAGCCCAUGUGCAGGUAUAAGGGCAGAUUUAAAAAUGUGUCUUCUGGAAAGUGACUGUGUAAAAAAGCAGAAGAAAACUCCCCGUGAAUGUCUACAAUCAUUUGAUGCUUCUGUUCCCAAUGAAUGCUAUGCUCUUCGCACAACAUUUUUUGAGUGCAAGAGAUCACUGUUGGACAACAGAACUAGAUUCCGUGGAAGAAAAGGAUAUUAAAUGCCAUAUUUAAUUCUGGAUAGGUGGUAACACUUUUAUAAAGAAGAAACUCAUGUUUACAAACAUGUGAACCAACUAAAUUUGUUGUGUCACAUGAUGUUUAUUGUAAUGGUUUUGGAUAAUUUUUAAAAUUAAAAUAUAAGACUUUUAACAUGAUACAGAAAGUGGAUUAAGAAUAACUUGUCAUAGUUAUCUUUUUAUAGAAUUCUGUUCUGUAGUUAUUUAAAUUGUACUGCUAUGAAAGAAAAUCUGUAUAUACACUAAACCCAUUGCUACAUAUGUAUCAAACUUCAUGACUGUAAAAUUUGUAUUUUAGAAAUAUGUACCUUAAUAUGACAAAAUAAACAUUUUGGGUAUAGGGCUUGCCAUCUCUC